AUGUACACUUUCUCAUUUCUGUUCAUGGAAACCUCGGAUAAAGUAGCCCAGCAUGUUAGUGCAAUGGGCAUCAUAUUUGCCAUAUCUUUACUGGCUGUCGCUUUCCCAGCGUUAUCCAAGAAGAUUCGUUUCUUAUCAAUACCAAAAAUCCUUUUCUUUAUUGGAAAACACUUUGGGACAGGGGUCAUUCUGUCUACGGCAUUCUGUCACUUGCUACAAGACUCCUUUGAAGCAUUGACAUCGAGUAUCGUCAAGUCUCGUUAUCCUGGCGUCGGAGAACAAACCGGCUUUAUAAUAUUGGCCUCGUUAAUAACCAUCUUCCUUGUUGAAUAUGUCUCAACCUCUUAUGUCGAUCAUUUACAUGAAGAGAGCGAAACAUCUGCAUCCCAGGAGCACCCGCAAAGAGAACCUACGAGCUCAUCGCAAGUCCAAACAGCUCACAAAUUUCAUCCGGUCAAUGAGAGUACCCAUCUUCUCUCGGCCUCAGUUGGCUCGACUUUCUCGAGCUCAGCUCUUUCAACCUCAGUUCGCUCUCACCACUCUCUCGAAGCAUCUUUCAUACGAUCUCCACCGAGGAUGCAUCACUAUCUCUCUUCGAUCGUAACCAACUCUCCUCGUUAUUCAAGAGGCAAUGACUGCUUUUAUAUCAUAAACGAUCUCAACUAUCAUUUAAACAACGGAGAAUAUCACCUUGUAGGUGGGAAAGGCUCGUGCGUAUGCGUAUGUGUGUGUCCGGCUGGAAAGGGUACCGAAACAAUAACACAAGGAGCCAGGUCAAGGCUUGUGGUGCAAAGUCCUGAAGAUGUCCAACACGAUAUCGCUAGUAAUUAUGUGCCCCAUGAUGAUGAUGAUGAUGAUGUAGAAUCUCAGAGACCAUUACUCAGUAGAAAAAGACAGGUUGUUGGAAUAUUGGUUCUGCAACUCGGGAUAAUGAUCCACUCUUUAGUAAUUGGGCUAACAUUAUCGAUAACAUCAGGGGCUGAAUUUACGACCCUCGUCACCGCCAUCAUUUUCCAUCAGCUAUUUGAGGGGCUCAGUCUCGGGAUUCGAAUAGCAGCAAUUCCUCCUGACGAAGGCGAUACCUCUCCACGGCCAUCAAGAUCGUCUUCGCCUUCAGCCUCUUUAGCUCGCAAGUCGCAUCAUUCAGUACUACAACCUGUCUUAACUAUUCUUUUCGCCCUCACGACGCCUCUGGGUAUUGCAAUGGGUAUGCUAGUUUUUUCCUCACAAAGAGGCAAAACAUCUGAAGCUCGCAUGCUUCUUACCCAAGGCUUAAUGUCCGCCAUCUCGGCAGGAAUGUUGAUAUAUGCCGCAACGGUCGAGAUGAUGGCGGGCGAUUUUGUGUUUGGAAAUCUGGGAGGGCAUGGGACUGGGACCGCCGGUCACGGUCAUUCGCAUGGUAGCGAAUUCAUCAAUGGUGACGAUGAAGACGAUUCAUCGGAUGCCGAAGAGGAAGGAAUAUCUCCUCGACGGAGGGUUUUGGCUGUAGGCAGUUUGCUCGCUGGUGUGUUGGCUAUGGGCUUGAUCGGGUUAGGCGAGUAA